AUGUUUUUCUUUUUCGCAGGAGGGUUAGAACAACAAGUCCGACAGGUAGUGAAAUCCGGUGUCGGAAAGUGCAUCAACUACAGUUCACGCGCUGAUCUUGUUGAAUACGACAAAGUUUUGAAGCUCUUUUUCGUUCCCGUUUGGCGAUGGCCUGGGAAGGACAAUCUCUUGUAUUGCCAAGACUGCAAGUUUUUGUUUCCUCAAUCCUAUUCUCUUCCUCCGCCGUCGAACGAUGGUUCUACGUUGCCGGACGCCUUGAAAUGUUUCGGUUUUCUGGUGUCUUAUGGUUUUGCUUAUUUGAAAAAAGAAGUUUCAUGUGUUAACUUGAAAAAGGAAAAGAAAAAAAAAACUCAGAUUGUAACUGAAACCAGACAGGAAUUCUUAAUUAACAUUGUACCAAAAUAUUGA